AUGGCUCCCUCGUCCAAGAACACGGCCUCCUCAGGGCGCCCGCGUGAAAAGCGCUCGCGCUCGCGCGCCACCAGCCCGACCUCUGCCACUGCUACGGCUACUGCUACUGCUAUCGCGCUGCCCAGUAGUGGAUCCACGCCCUACCUCCACACAGCCCAUUCGUCUUUGAUGGUGCCCUCCAAUCUGUCCAUCGACGCUUUGAUGGACAAGCACGCCACAAACUCGACCAAUCCUCCUUCAGCCUCCAGCUUGCACGCUUUGCACGAUAGCAUUCACUCACACGUCCUUCCCAACGUUCGCUCCCGCAGCGAUGCUUGCGACCGGAGCAUGCGCGAAUUGUCGCGGAAAAGAAAAGUCCGCGCCGACCAAGAACUCGACAGGGAACGUCAGGAAGAGGAGGCCGAACAGCGCAAGAGGGUCCGCCUCUCCAAGAAGAACGACUCGCACCGCCCUCCUGCCGUCGGCGCCCAUGGCCUUGCGCGCCAAGACGGCCAGGACCUCCACAAAGACUCUCCGCCGCCCGAUUCUCCGUCUGCUCAAGUCGCUGCCGCCAAAUCAGACCUCGAUCACAAUUCAUCAUCUCCCGCUCCCUCGGAUGCCGAACACCAACCUCCUCCCGCGCCGUCCAUCGCGCAUUACGAGACAUUCGGCAAUGACCCCACUCAAUUCGACGACCCCACAAUCUAUCACAUCCGCGACUGGACUCCAGAUAUGUCCGACGAAGAGAAGAAGGCCAUCUUCUGCGUCGCUCGCUUCCCCCACGAUGACUUGCACGACUUGACGCCAGGCACUCCGCCAGACAUGGACUUCAGCAGUGCCAAACCCGCCAGUCAGAUCAAUUUUUCCACCUUCCAAGCAUACGUUGAGCCAUACAUCCGCCCUCUGACUGAAGAAGAUGUGGCUUUCUUGAAAGAGCGAGGUGACCGUGUUACACCCUACCUGAUUCCUCCGCGAGGUCCCAUGCCAUACACCGAAGUAUGGGCAAAGGAAGACGGCGUGAGCCACCAUGACUUCAACCUUCGUUUGGCUUCCAAUGAGCCUAGAGGAAACAUUGAAGAUAUGAAUGACGAUGUUGCCGAGACAGCUCAGAUCUCGGCCGGUCCGCUGAUCUCACGCCUAAUGAGCGGUUUCCGUCACGAUCCUCACGUUACCAAGGACGACCAACCCAGUGGAAAUGGUGAUGUUUCAAUGACAAAUGGAGAGAGUACCGCUGGCGGUCAAGAGAAUGAACAAAAUACAAAUAACGAAGAGGCAUCAGAUGCAGUCGCCUUGUUUAAGCCCGCAACGCAUUUCCCUGACCAACAUAAGAUACCGCUCAACGUGGGUCGCGACUUUGCUCCUCUCGAACAGCGAACAUUACAAGAAUUGCGUUACUGUGGAUUUGUCACACCCGAAGCAACACCAGAUUAUGACUCGCAAUACGAUGACGAGGUCGCCGCUCGUUUGCGCUACUUACAGUCGGAACUUCAGCGUGUCGCUCAAGAAAACACUGCUCGGAAAGCACGAGUGCUGGAACUGACCGAGGAGCGCAUGGCUAUGCAAGAAUACUCAACCAUCGCCGACGAUCUGGACUCCCAGAUCAACACCGCCUACUUGAAGCGUAACCGCACAAUGAGCAAGCCGAAGAAAGGCACAGGCAAGGGAAGACCAGGUGGUACGGGUGGCGUGGCUAUUAGCAGGAACUUGGUGAGUGAAGGCGUCAAAAUGCUCAUGGAUAGAAGGAAGGAAUGGAGAGAGCUCAUUGGUCCGGUUGUCGAUUUUGGACAGCAGCGGAUACCAAAGGAGACUGUGUUUGACAAGGAAAAUAUGGACAGACUUGAAAAGGUUGAAGCCGAUGCUGGCGAAGAAGAGAUAGAAUAA